AUUUUGAGCAGGAAGAGCAGCAAGCAGAAUGGCCGAGGAAGUGAAGGUGUUCAGGUCAUGGGGAAGUCCCUUCAGCUACAGAGUGGAGCUUGCUCUGAGGCUGAAGGGAGUAGCCUAUGAGUAUAUAGAGGAGGAUCUCUCCAACAAGAGCACUCUGCUCCUUGAGUACAACCCAGUCCAUAAGAAGGUCCCUGUCCUCCUCCACCAUGGCAAGCCCAUCGCUGAGUCUCUCGUCAUCCUAGAGUACAUCGAAGAGACAUGGCAAGAGAACCCCAUCCUCCCCAAGGAUCCUCGCGAGAGGGCCGUGGCCAGGUUCUGGUCCAGGUUCCUUGAUGAUAAGUGCUCACUUGCACUGUGGAUGUCAUGCUGGACAGAAGGAGAAACACAGCAGAACUUCAUGGAACAAGCAAAAGAAUGCCUCCAUCUUCUGGAGGAAGAGCUCAAAGGGAAGAAGUUUUUUGGAGGUGAUUCCAUAGGGAUGGUUGACAUUGCUGCCAGUUUCAUUGCUCAUUGGCUGGGUGUGCUUGAAGAAGUGGCAGGCAUAAGCUUGCUCGAUGAAGAGAAGUAUCCCAAUUUGUGCAAAUGGACUGAAGAGUUUCUCAAGUCUGAUGCUGUGAUGGAAUGCUUGCCUAAGAGAGCAAACUUGCUAGCUUUCUUCCAAGCCAGGAAACAUGCAAUCUCAGCUACGAAGGCUUCAGUCUAAUGAUGGUGAUGAUGCUUGUCAUUAGGAUAUUUUAUGGUGCUGUGAAGCAUUAUUAAUCAUACUGUAAUGUAUUUGCACUGAAUAAGAGCAGUCCAUUUCAUGUC